UCUGCGGCUUCCAAGAUGCUGACCGCGAUCCUGAAGUCCCCUAUGGCCGACAUCGGGAAGGUAGCAGCUCCGAGGGACUGGGUGGUUCAAGGGCAACUGAAGGGCGCUUCCUCUCCGUCCGGCUCCGGAUCCCGUCCUGCUCUCGCCGGCUGGUUGGAGAAUUGCGAUCCGUUAACCCAGACGAGGAAAGGUUAACUGAAGGGCGUGCGCUGUCGUGAGGAAGGCCCCUCCUCAUGGAGACCACUUGGCCUCCGACUCCCGCAGGAAGGGAAGGGGACGCACGGCCAAGCUGCAGCAGCCGACCGGGGCCAGCACGGCCUCGUCACCCCUCCUGGUUCCAGACGCCGCGAUAGGUCCGCGGUGCCUUCCUCACUGUGGUGGCAGGAGGCACAGCCAAGUUACAGGCGCAGACGUCUCUCUGCAUAUGUGCACAGACGUUCACCGCAGCGCCCCGAGCAAGCGACCACAGCGAAGCCUCAGAAAACUAAGGCAGCGUGGUUUAUCUUUUUUUAAAUUUAUUUUUCGAUUUCAGGUGACAUGUUCCAUGAGUCUCGGGCACACACCGUGCGUGGCCCCACACUUCCCGUGGGUGCCUGCUCAGGGGGCUGCUGAUGAGCGGGUUUCAGUGUCCGGAAAGAGUCCCCCUUUCCACCCUCCCUCCCGACCACAGGUGCCUGAGAUCAUCCAGUACAUCUGUCACAGAACGAGAGGUGUCACCGAGACCACAGCCCAGGCCACCAUCAGGGAUCUCCUCUGCCUGCUGGCACGCACCUACACGGAUGAGGUCGUCCUGGUCUUGUUCAAGAUACAGGACCAGUCCCGCAGCAGCAGGGUUCGCAGACUCUGGGAGAUGCUGGCUUCGGUCCCCAGAGACUACGAAGAGAUCAUGGAGAGUCUGCAGCAGAGGAUGACCCAGCGGCCAGAGCCGGGGGCCCCCGAGCCCAGAGACAGAAGGCAGAUCUCGCCUUUGAUGGCCACCAGGGCCAUCCACGAGCUCCUGCUGGAGCCCCGGCAGCGGAUAGAGGUGCAGAGCUUGUUCGCCUCGCUGUUCAUGGCCCUGCUCCUCCGGACCUCGUUCCUGGUGGCCGUGGGGGGCGCAGAGCCCAGUUGGGACCAGCAGCACGGCGCCGAGAGCAUGGACCCCAUGAGCUCCACUGUGGAUGCGCUGAAGGCCUUGAUGCGAAGCGCUGGGUACGGGGACCUCGUGUCCUAUGUCCAGAAACUUGGGGGCUGGGAGCUGCUCGCCAGUCGCGAGAGACACCACGAGGGUGUGGCUCUCCUGGCCAGGGCCAUGGUCAUCAAGAGCUGCUGGCACAACCGCCCCGUCUUCAGCCUCGUCAUCGGGGCCCUCCAGGCGCACGACGGCACGGACCACUUAACGGCCCUCACGUUCGCCACAGAGCUGCUCCGGUGCCCAGACGUGGCAGCCACAGUGGACAACGUCACCAUCCACAUCCUGGCCGGCUGGUUCCAGAGCGAGGACCCCGUCGUGGUGAAGCAGAUGCUGCAGGUGGUGGAGACCUUUGCCAAGCACGGGAACAUGGCCAGACAGCUGCGCCUCCUCCAGCCCUACGUGCUGAACUGCUGCUACUCUCAAGACAGCGACAUCGUCCUGGAGACCUUCCUGAUGCUGCAGGGCGUCGUGCAGUACCUCACCUGGCAGCGCUCAUCCUCGUUCCUGGUCCAGCUCAGCUUCAUGCUCAGGCCCUUCUUCGAGGAGGAAUCAGAGCGCCUGCGUCUCGCAGCCUUCAAGAUCUAUGAGGGCAUCUUAGCCAAGGUCAAGAGGGGGUUCCUCGCCUUCCCCUUGAAGCACCACGUCCUCAACCUGAUCGUCCUUCUCGUGCUCCACCUGGAGGACAGGGACGCCGACGUGGCUCAGGUCUGCCGGCUGAGCCUCUGCCACAUGGCCACCGCCCUGGGCUGGUCAAGGCUCAAGGUCACGUUUGCCAAGAAGGACAUGUGGAUGAUCCUCACGGCCCUGCUGGAGCAGGAGGCCGGCAAGGCCCUCUGGUUUCUGAGGCAGUGCAUGACCCUCUUCAAGAGCCCUCAGGCCCCUAUCCGCCACGCGGCCGUGUGGUUUGCAGGCCAGAUCAUCCAAACCCUGGACAUGGACAAGGACGGUGAGACGGAGGAGGCAUAUUCAGCCCUGCAGUCCCUGAGGGAAGACCCCGACCCCAUGGUCAGCUGCCUCGCCACGCAGGUCUGCUACGUCCUGGAGGCCAAGGAGACGCCGUCGGCCCCGCCCCCGACCUCCUGCUUCUGCACCGGGAGACCCUGAGAGGCUCCCGAGGCUGUUCGCGCUGCUGUGCUUGCCACAUUUUCUGCAAUAAGCGGAUGUUACUCUUAUAAUCCGAGGGAAAGACACAUUCUGCAUUAAAGGAAUGAAAACGAG